AUGCCAUCUCAGAGAAUGAAGAAUCGUAACAAGAAAAAGCAGACUCCAAAGCCCAACGAGGAGUUCCCCAAGAAAGAGGAUGAGACCAAGACCGGGCAGCCCGAGGCUAGCAACCUGCCUCAGACCUCCACAGUUGGUGACAACAAGCCCGAGGACAACAAGCCCACGGAAGCUGGCCGUGCUGAGACCGACAAGCAACCUGGAGACAAGCCCCUCGACAAUGAAGACUACGACGAGGAGAACCCAGAUGAGGAGAACGCGGGAGUUCUAGGUGACGACUACCAAGAAGACGAGGACCAGGAAGGCGAAGAGCCAUACGACGAGGAGGGAGAAGAGGAAGAGGAGCAGGCUUACGACGACGAAGAGCAAGAUGAUGAGGACGCUGCCUCUGAAGAAGACGAGGAAGAAGAAGAGGAGGAAGUCAUCCCUCCACCCCAACCACAGCGACAAAAGAGCAACACCACCAAGAAGGGCAAGCCCGCCUCCGUCGUCGACGACCGCAGCAGCACACCCUCUUCCUCCCAGCCUCCCACCCCCAAGGACGAUGAGAAGCCCCAGCCUAAGUGGAUGCGCGACCAAAAGAAGAAGAAGCAACGGCAGACCGAGUCUGAUGUCGACAACAGACAGGUCGACCGCCCUCGCCGCAGGGGGAAGAACGAGCCAUCUUACCGUGAGCAGCAACAGGCGCUGUACCGUCAGCAGCAGCAGCAGCAAAUGAUGAUGCAGCAGCAGCAGCAGCAGCAGGGCGGUGGUGAUGGUGGCGGCAAGAACCCAUUGAGGCUCAGACUAGACCUCAAUCUGGAGAUUGAGAUUGAGCUCAAGGCGCAUAUCCAUGGUGAUUUGACGCUUGCUUUGCUGUAUGUUUACCUUUCUUUUCAUCUUUUCUACCCUUCUUCUUUUGUGGCUUCCCCUGAUUCAUGGUCCUGGCUUUGUGUCAUCAUCGCGCAUUGGCUUAGUGGCUUCCACGUGAGCGAUACCAUGCCGACCAACUCUUUUAACACUUUCUCUCUUCUACUAUCACGGAUGAACAAGGCAAUGAAGGCUCAUACACACCGAUUUUCUCGGGGAUUUUGUCACAGCAAUUAG